CCCUUUCCCGGUUGAUAUUGCAGAAAAAAACUUCAUUGAUUGUCUUGAAAUUUCUAUUGACAAUCUCACUGUUGGGCAUCUCAAGAAGCUUAUCUGGAAGCAGAACCAAUAUGAUCUUGCCGAUAUUAACCCUGCCACACUGACACUAUGGAAGGUUGAAGGUCUUAACGAAGGAAACAGGAAGUGGGAGAUACUCGAAAAAAAGGCUUACACGGAAAUUGAUAUCAAGCAGGAAUUUGGAGGUGAGAAGUUGUUUUCAACUAUGAAGUUUAAAGAAGCUUUCCCAGUCAAACUUCCGGAUAAUACCGUCCAUAUUAUCGUACAAUUGCCCAAUGAUUCGGACGAGAAAGGUGAAGGUCAAGAAAGUAAAAAAGCAAAACUAGUAGUAGAUAGGUUUGCCAUUAAUGAAGAUGGUUGUUUUACCUUCAUGGGAAGAAAAGAAUUUAUCAACGUUUUAAACGAAAUCAACACAUUUAAAUCACGCACCGGUUAUAUGGAAAUGUUUAUUUAUGGCACAGUUGGGUAUGGAAAGUCUCAUAUUCUCACAGCAAUAGCUUGCUUUCUUCUCCGAAAUGGAAGGCGCGUUGUAUAUCUUCCCGAUUGUCGCAAAUUAGCGGUAGACCCAAUGGAAUACAUUAAAUCAGCCUUAUUUCUCACCUACGUGGAUGAUGAUGCGAAAACAAGCGAAAUUAAUGCCUGUGAAAGUUUUGAUCAAAUCAUUAAAUUUUGCAGAUCAUUAGACGAAACAUUAUAUUUUAUCGUAGAUCAAAUGAACGCUCUGGACGAUUGUAAUGAUACUGAAAUUAACCCAGAAAAAAAGCGACAAGUUAAAGAAAAUAUUGAUAAAUUGUGCUGGAACCAUUUUUAUAUUAAGAGUUCUUCGGCAAAUAACCAUGCAGUAUUACAUCUUAAGCAAAAACAGACUAAUGAAAAAAAAAUUACGCUUUAUGGAGGAUUCGAUGAGCCUAACGAUAUAGAAUUUUUUUGUGACGAAAAAGAAAUCAGAUUUUCUUCAAAUGAAGGGAAAUGUAUACUUUACUUACCACGCUGUUGGAACCAAGAGGCAAUCGAUGGAUUAAUAAUUUCGAAAACAAAUAAUAAAUUAUAUGUAGCCCCAAUACAGAUUACCCUUGACAAGGGUAGUCAUUCAGAUUCUGAGGGAAUAUUUUUCUCCAAUAUUUGGCCGAAUUUAAAGUCAACAUUAUUAGGCCUUGAGGACGGAUUAGAGAUAAUAUUUAUAUGGAUUACAAGUAAGAGUGAUACAGACGUAAUAGUAGAAAUUAAUUCUAGAAAAACACGAAAUAAAACUUUUGAAAUUAAUCACGAUUAUACUCGGGUAGUAAUGGGAUUUGGGAAUGUUAACAAAGAUAUUGAUCGAUAUCUAUUUUAA